UGUCAUCUAAUAUUAGUAUUACCCCAGAAUUAAUCCCUUAAAAAAUGAGAGAAACAAUAAAAUAUUUGAGCAGCCAUUGAAUAUUCUAAUUUUCCACGGCCAGCCAGCGGCUGAUGCUGCAGGAAGAUGCUUGGCAAUCCAAUUUUGUCAGCUUCUUCUUCUUCCGUCCGUCCCUCCUCUUCCUUCCUCAAAUCCACAACAGCACUUCCCGUUUCACUUUCACUUCCCCAAAUAUAUACCCAAAUUGAAAGCCCCACAACAAUGCUCGCAAUCUGAAUUUCCCCCCUCUCACAUUCAUCGCCAUUACCAGACACACGCCACAACUUCCAUAACCACCACUACUCCCACCCUGUUCGUCACCCUUCUUCCCUUUUUCGCUCUCCAGGCUUCCCGUCUCCAAAUUCUCUUCACCUGAGAGUGAGAAGAAGGCUCUGUGGAAAUGGCGACUGGAGCUGUGCCGGCCUCGUUUACUGGCCUCAAGACUGGGGACACAAGAUUGGGGUUUUCUAAGAACAUGGACUUUGUGAGGAUCUCUGAUGGCAGGAGGAUCAAGUCCGGUAGGAGAAAGAUCUCCAUGAUCAAAAACUCUGCCGUCGAACUUCAGCCUGCAUCCGAAGGCAGUCCUUUGCUUGUUCCGAGGCAAAAGUACUGUGAAUCAAUAAACAAGACUGUUAGGAGGAAAACCAGCACAGUGAUGGUUGGAAAUGUGCCGCUUGGAAGUGAUCACCCCAUUAGGAUUCAGACCAUGACCACAACUGACACCAAGGAUGUUGCUGCAACUGUUGAACAAGUGAUGAAAAUUGCCGAUCAAGGGGCUGAUAUCGUUAGAAUAACAGUUCAAGGGAAGAGAGAAGCAGAUGCCUGCUUUGAUAUCAAGAACACUCUUGUGCAGAAGAAUUACAACAUACCUCUUGUGGCAGAUAUUCAUUUCGCCCCAUCUGUUGCAUUGCGCAUAGCAGAAUGCUUUGAUAAGAUUCGCGUCAACCCUGGAAACUUUGCUGAUAGGCGUGCUCAGUUUGAGCAGCUAGAGUACACAGAGGAUGAUUAUCAGAAAGAACUUGAGCACAUUGAGCAGGUUUUUACUCCAUUGGUGGAGAAAUGUAAGAAGUAUGGUAGAGCAAUGCGUAUCGGGACAAACCAUGGAAGUCUUUCAGAUCGUAUAAUGAGCUACUAUGGUGAUUCCCCUCAGGGAAUGGUAGAAUCUGCAUUUGAGUUUGCAAGGAUAUGCAGAAAGUUGGAUUUCCAUAAUUUUGUCUUUUCCAUGAAAGCAAGCAACCCAGUUAUCAUGGUCCAGGCAUACCGUCGGCUUGUCGCUGAAAUGAAUGCCCUAGGUUGGGAUUAUCCUUUGCAUUUAGGUGUCACUGAAGCAGGAGAAGGUGAGGAUGGAAGGAUGAAAUCCGCUAUUGGAAUUGGGACUCUUCUUCAGGAUGGUUUGGGUGACACGAUUAGAGUUUCACUAACAGAAGCACCAGAGAAGGAGAUCGAUCCUUGCAAAAGGUUGGCUAACCUUGGUAUGAAGGCUGCAGAACUUCAGCAAGGAGUGGAACCAUUUGAAGAGAAACACAGGAGAUACUUCGAGUUCCAGCGCCGGACUGGUCAAUUGCCAGUACAGAAGGAGGGUGAGGAAGUUGAUUACAGAGGUGCUCUGCAUCGUGAUGGGUCUGUUCUAAUGUCUGUUUCCCUUGACCAGUUAAAGGCACCUGAACUCCUUUACAAGUCGCUCGCAGCAAAGCUCAUUGUUGGAAUGCCUUUCAAGGAUCUUGCCACGGUUGACUCGAUCUUGUUGAGAGAACUUCCUCCAGUGGACGAUACUGAUGCUCGUUUGGCUCUCAAAAGGUUGAUAGAUAUCAGCAUGGGUGUUAUUACCCCAUUGUCCGAGCAGCUGACAAAGCCGCUGCCCAAUGCAAUGGUGCUUGUCAAUCUUAAGGAGUUGGCCACUGGUGCAUACAAGCUUUUGCCUGAAGGCACUAGAUUGGUCAUCUCGGUUCGGGGGGACGAGCCUUAUGAUGAAUUGGAAAUCUUGAAGGACGUUGAUGCCACAAUGAUCCUCCAUGGUCUACCAUAUGGAGAAGAUAAGGUCGGCAGGGUUCAGGCAGCAAGAAGGUUGUUUGAGUACCUACAAGUAAAUGCUCUGGAUUUCCCUGUUAUUCACCAUAUCCAGUUUCCAUCUGGCGUUCACAGAGAUGACUUGGUAAUCCAUGCUGGAGCAAAUGCUGGAGCUCUUCUGGUAGAUGGUCUAGGAGACGGUAUCCUUGUCGAAGCAGCAGACCAGGACUUUGAUUUCCUGAGGAACACUUCCUUCAACUUACUACAAGGUUGCAGAAUGAGGAACACAAAAACAGAGUACGUCUCGUGCCCAUCCUGUGGUAGAACCUUGUUUGAUCUUCAAGAAAUAAGUGCAGAGAUCCGCGAGAAGACCUCACACUUACCUGGUGUCUCGAUUGCAAUCAUGGGUUGCAUUGUGAAUGGACCUGGAGAGAUGGCUGAUGCAGAUUUCGGAUACGUUGGUGGUGCUCCAGGGAAGAUUGACCUUUAUGUUGGCAAGAAUGUGGUGAGAAGAGCGAUACAGAUGGAGCAUGCUACCGACGCUUUGAUUGAUCUGAUCAAAGAACACGGACGAUGGGUGGAUCCUCCCAAGGAAGAGUAA